UCGCUACAGUAAAAAUAUUUUUUCAGGCAAUUCCAGAAGCAAUGCGAAGCGUAUGCUACUGUUAUUGGAUGCGCAUCAAGACAUUAACAUUUACGAUAUUUACACACUAAACACUCAGUUAGUGAUGAAGUUGCUAGCAAUUAUCGCUACAUACACUAUAGUGCUCUUGCAGCUAGCACUAGUGUAAUUUGUAGCAUAAAAAUUCUCCACUUUAUUUUCGUAGCUUACCUUCUUAGACUUCGUAGCAAUAAUGAAAAGUGAAUACAUAUCAAACGAUAUAUUGGAAGAGGCUCAUCUGAAAUUGUUUUCACCGUUUCGAGUGGCACAGAUGAUUUUAGGCUCUUGCAGAGUGGAUGCUAGAGACAGAUUUGUGACGUCACCGACCAAACCGCAAAAGCUUUACACUAUUAUCUGUAUAUUACUUUGCACUGCCUUGUAUGUGAGUGUGGGAUAUAACUUUCUAUCAAGAUUCUGGCCGUAUCGAAACAUAUAUUACCUGAAUUUGAUCGCACUGCUCUUACAUUACGCGACAUUUGUCUGCAGCAUAAUAAAUGUCCGUUUUUUGAACAACGAUGAAAAUGUUAAUUUCUAUGUCAAAACUCAGGAAAUCGAUCGGAAGUUGAAGAUCAAUAAUAAUAAAUUGAUAAACGACUUUAUAUACGUUACCAACAUAUCGACGGUUUUACUCACCUUGGGAAUUUUACUAUCGCUAUUCUUCGCAGCUUUGACCCAAGAUGCAAUAAUUGUCGCCAGCUUCGUAGGCCUAUUAUACGGUCAAGUUACUUGCACUUUGGAAUGGUUGUAUUGUUCGAAUUUGCUUAUGUUUUUCUACGUACGUCUUCGUUACAUAAACGCAAUUAUAACUAACCACAUAGAAGGUACUGAUGAUAUAAAGAUUGAAAAUAUAAACAAAGUUAGAAUACCUACUAUGAAAGUUUUGCGUUAUAUGGCAUCAAGUUCACAUGAUUUCAAUUAUAGCGAAACAGAUGUUUAUUUGAAACAAAUAUACGAUGAGUUAUUCAGAUUUCAAAACCUAUAUAGGUUCCAGAUACUUUUGUUCUGUUUUAAAUUUGUUGCAAGCACUCUACUAGCUUUUGAGUACGGACUUUUGUCACUGCAAAAUAAUAUAUUGAUAUGGUUAGAGUACAUAGUUCUACCAACAGUGACGGCUCUAGAUUUGCUCAUAGUCAUUGCCUUGUCCGUGCGGUGCGAAGCGUUCUCGGGGGAGAUCAAAAAGACGAAAUAUCUGUGUACCACUAUAUUAUCCUUAUAUUAUGGCGGACCCUUGCGACAGAAAGCCAUCAAAAUGCUGAAGAUGAUCAUAGAGAGGCCGCCUCGGUUUUCAGUUUACGACAUGUGGCACAUGGACGCGGCGACCAUGCUCAGUAUGAUCAAUUUGGUCACCACACUCAUGGUCACGCUGCUACAGUUUGCUUUGUUCUAAAAUUUAUUUGUUGCGAUGUAGCAUGGUGCGGGUGACAGUCGCCUUAUGAUGUUCAUAAUAUUCAAAAAUGAUCUUUUUUGACGACCUCCGUGGCGCAGUUAUGUGCGCGGUGAACAAGACGGAGGUCCUGGGUUCGAUCCCCGGCUGGGCCGAUUGAGGUUUUCUUAAGUGGUCCAGGUUUGGCUGGUGGGAGGCUUCGGCUGUUUCUAGUGGCCUCCCUACCGACAAAAGAUGUACCGCCAAGCGAUUUAGCGUUCCGAUACGAUGUCGUUUAAAAAACGAAAUGGGUGAAAUGGGUGUGGAUUUUCAUCCUCCUAACAAGUUAGCCCAUUUCCAUCUUAGACUCCAUCAUCACUUACCAUCAGGCGAGAUUGUAGUCAAGGGCUAACUUCUAAAAAAAAAUCGCGACUAACUUUCAAGAGUGAAACGAACUGUCACCCGCACCAUGCUAUAGUGCACGAACUGUAGCGGCCUCGGUCGAGCUUUGGCUUAUGUGCACUUCUUCCCUACCCUACCCCCACCCUACAUUUCCCUCUCUUACAUUUUUAAUG